CAGUGCGGAAGGCUAAUUGGUUUUUCGCUGCCGGUUUGCGAAAGAAUAGAAUUAUUAUUUCCCGGCACGGUGUAGACAGCCAGACAUUUUCAUACCAGGAUUGCACUAGAACUCCACCGCAUCGUCCUGUAAGCACCAUAUAAAUAAAUGAACCUAACCAGAGGAUUUCAUAAUUCAACGCAACAACAGCCAGAGUUUUUCCAGCGACACAUGCCAAUACGCAGUGACAACGGAACAAAAUCCAGUCGAAUUGCGAAACAGCAGAGCCCUGGUACUAUACUGCACGAAAAGGGAUUAUAAUUUCAUUCCUACCUAUACAUAUCGAGAUAGACGCCGAAAAUGGGCCCAAAGAAAGGCAAAGGAAGUACGGUUAUCGAUGGUGUCGAUACGUCCAGUAUGUCACGGGAGCAACUGGAACAGUUCGCGCUUCGUCUACGAAACGAGAUGGAGAGAGAGCGUGAGGAACGCAAUUUUUUCCAGUUGGAACGGGACAAGUUACGCACUUUCUGGGAAAUCACACGCAAACAGCUGGAGGAAGCAAAAGCGGUCAUCCGAAGCAAGGAACGAGAUGUCGAGGUGGCCCAGGAGCUGGCCGACCAGGACACCAAGAACGUUAUGCAGCAGAUGAAGCAUCUGCAGUAUGAACACCAGUCGCAUAUUGGAGAGCUGAAAGCAGAAAUGAUGACACAGCUGAAGAUGGCACAAGAAGAUCAUGCAUUACAGGAACGUGAUUUGUUGAAUGACAAACGGGAGUUGCGUAGGCUUCUAAGAGAAAAAGAGGAAAAUGGGGAACUUGAGGUUCAGCAGUUGAAGCUUAAACACAGUGAACUUCUAAGUCAGGAGCGAGCAGGAUUCAAGGAAGAAAUUGAAGCGAUGACAAAGUUGUUUGAACAGAAACUGCAAAGCUACAAGGAGGAGGCCGAGAUUCGCCACGAAAUGGAACUUUCUGAGGUGGAGGAGCGAAAGAAUGCACAAAUCUCAGAGCUUAUUCAGACUAACGAAAAUGCUUACAAGGAGAUGAAAUGUUAUUAUAACGACAUCACAUUAAGCAAUUUAGCGCUAAUCAACAGCAUGAAAGAACAAAUGGAAGAAAUGCGCGUACAAGUAGACAAAGACUUGAAAAAUCAUUCAGAAGUAAUAGCAGAAAAUAAAAGACUGGUGGAACCGCUCAAACAAGCUCGUACAGAAUUGAUUGAACUCCGCAAAAAACUGCAGUACUACGACCGGGACAAGGCCACAUUGAACCGGGUCAAAACGCGCCUCAGUACAACUCAGAAGCAACUGAGCAGUCUGAAACUUGAGUCGGAUGUGUUGCAGAUGCGCUGCGAGAAAUUAGUUGAAGAGCGCGAUCAACUAAAAAGUAUGUUUGAAAAAUCGAUCCUUGAACUGCAGCAAAAGUCGGGGCUGAAAAACUCACUCCUAGAACGUAAACUUGAGUACAUAGAGAAGCAAACGGAACAACGAGAAGCCAUUCUUGGGGAGGUACUGUCACUAGCAGGUAUUGAGCCACAGUCUCUGAGUAUUCGCAUUGAAAAGCUCUUGGUACAGAAAAAUGACAAAAUUCAGGACCUGCGGUACGAGUUUGCCCGAGUUAGUAAAAUGUACGACGAUUUACUUUCGAUGAUAGAAGCGAAGGUGUCAAAAUUUGGUAUCACAUUGAAAGAUCUGGAACUGAGCAGUUUACGUUUGGAAAAGUAGUUUGAAGUUUCCAGUGAUUUGUUGGUUUGUAGUGAGGUGUGUGAGAA